AUAUAAACAACUUUAUCUGCAGCUCAAAUAGAUAUUACUUACUGAGAACCUAAUCAAUGUUUCUUGAUUAUGGUCAGUAUAAAAGUAUCGGUAUGAAUCGAUUUAGUCUAGUUGAAAGAAAACAGUCAAGCGGACAAUAUCCAAAAUGAAUAAGCUAGUGAUCUUUUCAGUAUUUCUUGUUAUUUGUGGAUUUGCCAAUGCCGGCACAGUAUCCAAGAAGGAUUCUAGCAGUUCCUCAGAGGAAUUGAAAGAAUUAGCUUCUUUGCUAGAAAGCAAAUUCAAUAUCACCAUUAUUAAAGAUUUGGAAGAACUUGGAAAAAAAGCUAAAGCCCAAUGCCCCAAUAUCGAAACCCAAAUUGAAGAAGUAGGUUCACAAAUUGAAACUUGUAUUGAAGAUAUUGAACUUGGAUCGGAUACUUUCUGUUCUCUCAUGAAGAAAAACCUCGCUAAAUGUGCCAAACCCGGUGUUGACCUCAUCUCUUCCUGCUUACCAGCUGAAUCUAAAGAAUUACCUACCAUAGCUAUCAAAGUUGUUUCAGCCAUCAUUGAUCAAGCUUGCCGAUCAACUGUAGAAGAAAUUUUAGAAUUAUUCAACCCAUGUAUUUUGGAGACUGAUAUAUCUACUAUCUCAGCUUGUACUGAGAUUAAAACUGUCUUAGAAGAACACAGAAACAAACUUCCCUCCAAAUCACUUGUGUGUUCCACCGUACCUAAAGUGAAAAGCUGCUCAAAGGCUCACCGUGAAGCAUCAUGCAAGAAUCCAAUUACCAACCGUGUCGCUGCCAACUUCCAAGAUGCUAUUGAAGCUUCAAUUAAAGACGUUUGCGAUAACAAAGUUUAAAUAUUGGAAAUAGAAAACUGUUUGUACAGAUUUUAAUAAAAUGAUUCCUUUUUA